AUGGCUCCGCAGUACGGCACCCGCGCCACUUCCGGAUUUGGCCGUUCGACUUCAUUGGAAGAGGUCAAUUUAGGCGCCCCUUCGAGAAGGUCAUGGAUACAGCUGACUUGGCUUGAAACCAGACUUCUACUUGGACUUCUCUUCUCAUGUCUCGACGCCUCCAUUGUGUCGACUUCUCUUGUGUCUAUUUCUCUCGACCUGCAGGACUUCCUCAAUGCACCAUGGGUUGUGUUAUCCUAUCUACUCGCCUACUUCGGCUUUGCCGUCGGAUUUGCCAAAAUGAGUGACAUAUACGGUCGCCGCACACUCAUAAUCAUAUCGUGGAUCCUAUUUACAGGCUUCUCACUCGGAUGUGGUUUAGCACAAAACAUGCUGCAACUCACCAUAUUCCGAGCAUUUCAAGGCAUUGGGGGCUCGGGGCUAUACAGCCUAGCCCAAAUUGGACUCUUCGAGAUAGGACCCGCGCAUAACCCAAGUUUGCUGGGAGCUCUGGUGGGAAUGACACUGGCAGUCUCUUUUGUCCUUGGACCCAUUCUUGGCGGUACUAUCAGUCAUAUGGCAAGUUGGAGAUGGAUCUUCUUCAUCAACAUCCCCUGUGGGGUUGCAGCUCUGCUGUCCUUGAUCUUCGCGUGGCCCCGGAGUACGGGCUCGAGCCUCAACGCAUGGGACUCGUUCAGAAGCAUCGACUUCCUUGGAAAUAUCAUGAUAAUUGCGGCAUCCACACUCCUGGUCUUCUCGCUGCAAUCAGCGGGGUCGUUCAACUUUUCUUGGAAUAGUCCCGUCAUAAUAAUUACAUUGACAGUGGCUUCAUUGAGCUGGAUUGUAUUUCUGACCUGGGAGUUCUUCUUGGGAUUGAAUCGCCACACGCGAAUAAAGCCCGUCUUACCUUUGCGACUGUUCACACGACGGCCAUACCUCGCAACUUUGAUAUGCACACUGUUUUCCGGGUUCUCCUACUUGGCGAUCAUCAUCAUUCUGCCAGAGCGUUUUCAGAUUGUCAAUCUGGAGAACUCAUUGAUGUCAGGAGUCCAUCUCCUUCCGGCGCUUGGCGCAUGUGCCUUCGGGUCUUUCCUCGCAGGUGCACUGUCGGCAAAGAGAAACAACACCUCGAUCACUCUGAUCGUGGCUUCAUGCCUGCAACUAAUCGGUGUCGGGCUUAUGUCGACGUUAUCAGAUAUAACAACCGAGAUUCAAGCCCAGUACGGAUACCAAGCUAUUUUUGGACUGGGAGUUGGGCUGGCAUUUGGUGCCGCAACGAUCCUUACAGCCGUACAAUCUGCCCAGGAAGAUUUGGCUGUCGCACAGGGAUCAAUCGCUCAAGCUCGCGUAUUCGGCGGCGCCGUUGGGAUUGCAGUAUGCAGCAUCAUUUUUAACGCGCAAGUGCAAAACCAGUUGGCCGGCCACAUGAAACCCGAAGACUUGACGGCCUUACACCACAGUCCAACGAUCACGAGUUACUUGCCGCCGCAAACCCAGUUGCUCGUCCGUAGAGUGUACGCAUCGGCGUUUACGUUCGAUAUCCAAAUCCUGAUCUGUGUCAGUGCAGUAGCCCUACUCGCCAGUCUUUUCACCUUCGAGCUCCAUCCUCCACCCAUGCCUUCCCGUCGGCGUGAAGAGAAGAAAGAAGAUCUCGUGGGCACUCCACGCGAAGUGCAGAGCGAGACGGAGUUGGAAGACAUGGCCAGCGUCCAUCGAACCGUGUAG